UAAGAUGUUAAACUGGAACUAGCAUAGUACAGUCAUGUUUCAUAUAUGCUUUUAAACUUUCUUUCUAUGGUUCACCUUGAAGAAUGACAAGGUUACAAAAAUGCUUUGAGUGAAAUCAUUUCAGACUGUGGCCCUGCUAGAAUGCCAAGCCAUUUAUGCUUGCAGAAUCUGGGCUUUGUUAAACCUUAUGAGCAUUUUUAGCAUUGAGAUCUUGGUUACUAAAUCAAAAUGCCCUAUUCCUAAUAUGGUGCCUGCGCCUUUCUAUUCUGAAAUGAAAUGUUUCUGCAAACCUUGUUUAAUCUAAAAUAAUCUUCUGAAGCUUUUAUUGGAUGAUUUUAAGGGUUUUUAGUUGCUUUAUAUAAAAAGGCCUUUAACUGUUGUUUAAGAUUUAAGAAUGUACUUUAAAAGUUGGAGUUGUCUCUGGGAAAAAAUAGUCUUAAUUUAUGUUGACCUUUCCUUCCUUUGAGUAUUUAGUCUGCAUUCAAUAAAAUUUUGAUGACUGCUCUUUAGAAGACAGCUGUACGAUGUAAAGUAUUAUAAAUAUUCAGCUUUCCAUUCCUAGUGUUGCCAUUAACAGCUGGGCAUCCAGUUCAGCAGAACAGAUUUUACAGAGAAAGCUUGGCGUGUUCCUGAAUCAGUAUAGUGAAGAACACGAGAAAAUAGUUUCGUAUGGUUUAGGGACCUGUAAAGACAUAGAGCAUCUGUUCCCUAGUUAAGUCAAAGUCUAGUAGCAUUGAAUCAUGUUAAGAGCUAAAAUGAUGAGAAGAACUACUUUUUUCACCUUGAAUGUACUGGUGGUUAAAUGCCUAGUACAUUAUUUCUGUGAACAGCAAAAUAAUUGCAACACCUACACAGAAGUGCUAAGAAAGCUCUGAAGUUGGAAAGCCUUGCCAUGGGAAAAGUGUCUGCAACACCAUUGCCGAGGAGUAAGAAGAAUCUCAAGUCUUAUUCACCAACAACAGGAACGUGCCCAAUCAGUCCUUUUUCAACUCCCAGGAGCAAUAAUGUACAAGAGCAUGGAAAUGGUCUAUCAAAUGGAAACAGAGAGAAACGCAGUAACUUGCUAAUCAGAUCACCCAGAAGGGGGCAUCCUGAAAUGGAAGACUAUGAAAAACUAUUAAUACUGCAGUCUGAAGUUGAAGAUUCUGUGGCCAGAUUUAUGAAAAUCAGACAAAACCUAACCAAUUUACAGGCUUUAGAGGGCACCAGAGAGCUUGAAAAUAUUAUCGGUGUUUCAGAGACCGCUGGUAACUUGAAAGGCGAAGUGAGGAAAACCAGAAAGCUAAUAAAGCAAGCAGGAAAGCUGCUAAGAAGAACCAAUGCAAGACAGGCUGCCCAAGAUGGAAUGUCACAUUAUCAUCACAUGACUAUCUCCAACCUGCCAACAGCUUUGAGUACCUUAAGUCCCUCAUCAACUGAGGCCAUAUCUGAAGAAUAUAUUCUGCUUGGCUGCAAGAUUCUACAACUGCCUGAUCCUACUUAAAAGGUUGAAAAGAAACGCCUGUAAAUCUAUCUCCCCAGCAAAUACCAGCUAAGGAUUGCUCAGUGCACUAGGCAGGUGCACAUCUAGAUACAGUUUCUUGCGUCUAAUUUAAACUUUACAAUCUGCACAACCAGAUAAUCUCAAUGUAAAUAAUACACUUCUCCAUAGCUCUUUUAUGCAAAUGGGUAACGACACAAGCUGAAUUUCUGCACCAGGCCCCUAUGCUUGCCCUACCUUGGUAAAAGGCCUCUGUGAGUUUUCCCCUCAUGUUUUGGGAAGAAGAGCUGUGCUUAAGGAUGGACACUAUUUCCCAGGCCUUCAAACAAACUGUAAAUUUCACAGUAAUGAUAUGCUCCAUGCUUUCUCUGAAGGAGUGCCAGUUUGACCACAAACAAUGAAGACUGCUUGCCAAUAUGCGGGGCAUUGUUUAUGCAACUUAUCAGCACACCCAAAAGGAAGCAAUUUUCCAUCUAUCUUUGGCUCGCUACCAUCGUUUUGCUAGCAAAACCGUAUGUGCCUCACAUGCAACAUUUGCAAUGCCUUAUUAGUUACUUUGGUUUACAAAAGCACCACAUAACUUUAGUUUUGCACUGCUAGCAAAGCUAUCAGUAUGUUCUCCUGCUUUGUGGUGCCUGAACUUAUGCUGCAAAAUCAUUAAAAAGCAACACCAUAGAGAUUAAUGUUUCUUUGCAAUAGUACCUGCAGGGACAGGAAUCAGUAAAACCUAUCCUAGCAUGUACUGAGAUCCACAAAUGAUAUCAUGUUUCAGUCAAAAUAAAUGGUAACUAUGCUGGAAUGUUUAGAGGGCCAAGUACAUCUUUAAUGACUUUUUAACAUAAAGAUUAUUUUUAAUGGAAAUUUAGGUGGUGGUGAGGCUGAGGCAUGUACCUUCUCAGAUGACUGACACUGAAAUGCCAGCUUCACCAUUUUGAGUGUAAGCAAAGAGUGGAGCCUUAAAAAUGUGCUUGCUCAUCUAUUCUGUAUAUAUACCCUUUAUGAUGGUUUGAAGACACUACAUAGGGAGGUUUUCCUUCUUGCUUUGCACUGGGUCCCCUUCUGAUCCCCCGAAAGCUGCUCUUGAAAGUUAGAAGGCUGUAUACAACAGGUUUGGGAACUGCUGAAGGGGUGGGAGACAAACAGGUAGAAAUUGUGGAGCCCUUGCUCCCGGUGUGGAAUGUAAGUGCCUUCUGCCCAUGCAAGAAGCUUUUUGCAACCAAGCAGACAGUAAUAAGUUGUUUGGCAUGUACCAAUUUCAAAACUGAAGUUGUCAACUAUAAUUGGGUCACAAUUCUUUUUAUAGAAUAAAACUUUUGAAAGAUAAUUUGGCAUUGACAAAUUGUUUUAAAAAAGUGAUUUGCUUAGACAUUUCAGUGUAAAGAGUAUAGGUUUUAGGUUACGGUUCAAAGUAUUUCACUGCUAUCAGUGCUAGUUACUUCAAAUAUAUGCAUAUGCUUUUAAGCAGGAAAAGGUUGAGGGACUUUUUCUUCUCAAGAUGCAAUUGCUAGUCAGUUUCACUUACACAGUUUGAGGGACUUUAUUGGGGCAACAUCAUUGCUGCCUCUUCAUUUGUUUGCGGCAUCAUAACUCAGUCCCAAGCAUGUUUACUUACAAGUAAGUUCUACUGAUUUCCUUGGGACUUGUAGGCUCCUUCCCUUGUAGGCUUCUUCGGAAUUGCAGCCUGAGGCUAUUAAAGUACUGCUUCUCAGCCA